CCUGGCGACUUGUGCUCCGUGCACGCCGCCACUUUCUCCACACUCUCGCGAGCCCUGCGCGUCGUUUCUCGCUUCUCCCGAUCGCUCAGUUUCCCGCUCCCUACCGCGAUCCGGCCCUUCCCGUACCCGACUCGACCCGCCGCGAAACUUUUCUCGAGUUCCCGCGCUGUUUACACUUGAACCGGUAUCUUUCGGGCAUUCGACGACCGGCCGGAGACGGUAUCUCGGAGUCGGCGGCGCGAGUGGCCGUCGAAAGCUCGAGGGUCGGCCGUGGAUGCGGUCGUGAGAGACGUGGGAGAGGCCUCGAGGAGGCCGUCGGCACGCUGUUCCCGCCGCAGCUUGGGUGCGUGUCCUACGCGACGCCGUGCGCCUGCUGCCCGCCGCUGAUCCUGCAGCACCCGCUCCCAUUGCCGCUGCCCCUUCCGUUGCCCCUCGCCUUCCCGCUCCAAACCCUUGACCCCCAAGUCGCUAAACACCAGCGUCUGCUGCUCUCUAACAUGGUGAGUGAAUCUUCACUACUUGAGUGCAGCAACGGGCGCUACACAGCGUCCGAAACGAGGGGCUCCGACGAGCUUCUUUCGCAGAGUGGCGUCGCCGUCAUGGCGCCCGCCGCUCCUCACCACGCCGACAAUAACAACCAGGAUUCAGCCGCCAAAAAGGUGAAACUGGAACAGAAUGUCGGCAAGCCAUCAAGGGUUAUCCACAUACGGAACAUACCAAACGAGACGACGGAAGCCGAGAUCAUACAACUGGGCCUACCCUUCGGGCGGGUCACUAACGUUCUCGUUCUCAAAGGAAAAAAUCAGGCAUUCUUGGAGAUGGCGGAAGAAAUAUCGGCGGUGGCGAUGGUGGCGUACUUUGGCGGAUGCGUCGCACAGCUGCGCGGGCGCGCCGUCUACGUGCAGUUUUCCAAUCACAAGGAGCUUAAAACAGAUCAAACUCACAGCAAUGCGGUUAUCGCGUAUCAUCCAUAUUUUGAUUCAGCGUCCGCGCAGGCGGCACUUCAGGCUGCGCAAGCAAUAUCAAAUAGUGCAGGCGCGGCUUUAGUGGCAGGCGCGGGCGCGGCCCUUCAACCAGCGAAUGGUGGAACAGAAAUACAGGGUGGUCCAAACACAGUUCUGCGAGUUAUCAUAGAGCACAUGCUGUACCCGAUAGUCCUGGACGUGCUGUACUCGAUCUUCCAGCGGUACGGGAAAGUGCUCAAAAUCGUCACCUUCACUAAAAACAAUUCAUUUCAAGCCCUAAUCCAGUACCCAGACACCGGGUCAGCGCAAAUGGCGAAAACGGCACUGGACGGACAGAACAUUUACAACGGGUGCUGCACCCUGCGCAUCGACUACUCGAAGAUGACUUGCCUCAACGUCAAGUACAACAACGACAAGUCCCGGGACUACACCAACCCCACGCUGCCGUCCGGCGACGGCGACGCGCACCAGCUGUUGACCAGUGAGUUGAUGCCUCUGCGGGCCCGCCUCGCCCUGGCCCUCGCUUCCAGGAUGAGUGGCGGAGUGUUGGCCCCGCCGUUCUUGGGGCUGGGGUCGGGCUUGGCUUCGCCGUACGGCGUGGGCGUCGGCGGCGUGGGCCUGCCGGCCUUCGGCGCUCUCACCCUGACGCCAGCGUCGCCUGCUCUCCGUGCCUUAACCGCACCACCUCUGCCGCUAGCCACCGUACUCCUCGUCUCCAAUCUUAACGAAGAGAUGGUCACGCCUGACGCUCUCUUUACCCUUUUCGGCGUGUAUGGUGACGUGCAGCGAGUGAAGAUUCUCUACAAUAAAAAGGAUUCAGCCCUAAUUCAGAUGGCAGAGCCGCACCAAGCUCACCUAGCGAUGACCCACAUGGAUAAGUUGCGUGUGUUUGGUAAAGCGAUGCGCGUGAUGCUCAGCAAGCACCAGACGGUGCAGCUGCCCAAGGAGGGACAGCCGGACGCGGGCCUAACUAGGGACUAUUCCCAGAGUCCGCUCCAUAGAUUCAAGAAGCCCGGUAGCAAAAACUACCAAAACAUUUACCCGCCGAGCGCCACAUUACAUCUAUCCAACAUUCCAGCCACGGUUUCUGAAGAUGACAUCAAGGAAGCUUUCACCAAACGGGGAUUCACGAUCAAGGCGUUCAAAUUCUUCCCGAAGGACCGAAAAAUGGCGCUCGUGCAACUGCCGUCGAUCGACGACGCGGUGGCGGCGCUCAUCAAGAUGCACAACUACCAGCUCUCCGAAUCCAACCACCUCCGAGUGUCCUUCUCCAAAUCAAGUAUUUAAACAAAACGACCCAACGCCUCGGAAUAUCACACAACAGUCGUUUUAAAUGUGCACGCAAACAAGAUUGGACCCUUUCGGAUGACGAACAGCGUACCUAGCUCUCACGCCUUAUUGUUCGGUGAUGCGACUGUACCUCUCUCACUAAUCGAGAACAUCUCGACUGAAAAUUAUGAUAUAUCUGUAUUACGCUUACUCGGAUCAGUAUAGAAGUUAAGUGCUAACUCUAUUUCAUUAGAAUACGUACUAUUACUGUACCCCAUAAUUUAAGAUGUCUCGUCAUCGUUUCGGACGGCAGCUAUAUUCGAUUUUAAGUUUUUGGAGGGUACCCUGACGUCGAAUCGUAACCUUCGCUGUGCGAUCAGAGAGGAUUUAUAUUUUGUGUGGUAUUCAUUCCGUAAUUUUAUUAUUCGAUAUAUUAUUUUUAUACAUACUUAGCGUUAAUCGUUUCCAGUGAUUUCUGCGUACGGUUUCUAUCUCAGAGUAAAGAUUAACGGUCGGUUCACAUUAACAUUCGAAAUGUCAAUCUUAAAUUUUACAUGGCAUAUUCGUUGAUGUACGAGUAUAUUUCCACAACGUAGGUAAUUUACAAAUAUACAGAGAGAAGAAAAAUUCGUCUUUUUUGCCUUUAUGUUGCACAUUACGUUUUGGAGUCAUAUCUCUAUUCAAUAUGCUAUGACAACAUUUUAGAUUGUCACUUCGAUACGCUUUGACUUAGUGUGAAUUCGAAAUUCGAACUCGUGUCAGUAUGAAUCGACCCUAAGUUACUGAUCGCUAGUAAAAUACGCGUUCUAGACAUAUCACAUCACAUAUCGAUACUUCAGUCGUAUGAUUGAUUAGGAAGAUUGUUGAUUUAGUUAAAUAACAACACAUUGAUGAUGACUGAAGUCGUUAAAAUAUGUAAAAAUUGCCUAUCUCGGCAUAUUGUCGGGUAGGAAUACGCAAAUGUUCAUAUUAGUUAAGUACGGGUGUCCGUACCUGUGUCGACUGCAGUUGUGAUCUGUAGCUUAUCGUUACUCUGAGGUUUCAAUCAGUUCGUAUGAAGCAGAUUGCAAUUAGAUUGCGCUAGAAUUAUUUACAAUUUGGCAACUUUUAUACUAUCUAUUUUGCGGCAUGUUAAACAUUGCCUCGGUUGUUUUGCGGUUAUUAUUGUAACAGGCUUAUUAACGAUAAAUAGUAUUUUUAUAUUAUAAUAUUCAACACUAGAGCACAUUGUUAAAAGUAUUUCUUUAUCACUUUUAAUUUGCAGUUAUUACUCUAAGAUUAUAUUUUAUACAUAAUAUAGUUUAUGCUCUAUUAUAAUCAGCACAAUUUAUUAUGGCAUUUUUAAAUAAUUAUUAUUAUAGGUUUGUACGCAUACACAUUUAUUUUUUAAUAACGAAUAGCUACGUUCAGGAAUGUGUAUGUGUGUGCAAUAUUAAUUUUAGAGAGGAUGUAGUAUAAUUUUAGGUGUAAAACUGUCGUCUUCUGUAGCCGGCACAUCCGGAACCUCCACUGAAUUCUUCCGUAACUGUUGCGUUGUUUAGGAAAAUGUUCUGUUUACUGUUGAAAAAAGAUAGUUUCUUCUCGAUUAGUUAGCGUAAUCACGACUUGUAUCACUAAUCAGCUAUGAUAGUUGAUAUUAUAAUAUCAUCUAUAAAACGUUAUGUUCGGUGACAUAAUAGUGACAUGAUGCAUUUAUUUUGAUGUUAAUUUAUAUUAAUGGUAGCUACAACAUACUAUAAAUGCUCGUGCAUAUAAUCACUAAGCAGUUAAUUAUAGAUAAUUAUUUAUUUGUUUACGGUCAGGGUCGACCCUGCACAGUUAUAUAGGUACGACAGUGUGGACAAUGUUGCGCUAAUGUAUUUUUUAGAAUAAUUUUAAAUAAAAAGUAAGUAUAAAUAAAAUACUAUUAUAACGUUGCCACACUGUUAAUUAAGGAACUAGGAAGUCAUGACGUUUUAUCAAUAAAGAAUAUUUUCAGGAUUUGAUGCGAAUGCACAUAUCUACGUUGUGUGCGGAAUUUAUGCAGUAUCGCUUUAACACGACAGUAUUUUAGUUUUAUGCUCUCUCACUCGACACUUUGUACAUAACUGUCAGCUCGCGGCGAGCUCGUGGCUCCGGCUUCCCUUCUUAACAUUGCACUCGACUGGUUUUCACACAUCUUUGCCUUCUUAAAAUUAAAUAAAAAUGCGUCUAGUCCAAUGCAAAAGAGAUUAAGUUUGUGGAUUAAGUAAAUUAACGUGAUAACUUUAAAAUUUCUCUCAAGAACUCUGGUAACGAUUUUAGAGAUAUUAUUUAUUUAUUGUAACGAAUUUGGUCAAAGAGUUGGUGCCCGCAAUCUACGCUCUGACGGUUAGGACCAGAUUAAGUGUUCAGCUACACGUCCAGUCUAUGUGAUUAGGCAAAGCAUGCGUGAAACAGAUACCUGAAUUAUGACGAGUUAGUGAAAACGUUGCUGUUUGCAACAUGAUAAUUAUCAAUUAAAUUUUAAUAGAAGACGUCUAAUGUUAAGUGGAAAAUGUCAAAGAAUUCAUACAUAUCUUCCCUUACCCGGUGGCGGAAACCUUUUAUUACUUAAGGUGGAAAAUGAAAAUGCGUACAUCUUUAAGGAUAUGAACAGUAGUAGUUUUUGAAAUAUUCCGCUGUAAUGUAAGGCUUCAGGGCCCCGAUGCCCUCGGUGUAAGGUUCAUUUUCAACAUAUCUUUAGUCACAAAAAUGUUUUUGAUUUUAGUUUUAUAAACGUAAACUGUCAUAAAAGUUACAUAUUUACACUAUUAUAAAAUGUAUCAUAUACAUCACGUACCGUUUAAAAUUAAUAUAAUAUAAAAAUAGAGCUUAGUAAGAUGGUUAAACUAAAAAAAAUUAGAUCGUCAUGUAAUGUAAGGUUACUAGAAAAAUUUGAUCGUACAGAUUAUACCUAUAAAUUCUGAUAAAUAACCUAUCUACGCUAAGAACGUGUAAGUAGUAGUUUGGUUUAAAUAAUGUUAGGCGACCAGGGUGUGGUGAUAUUUUGCACGUUUUUGAAGAUGUUUUUCUAGGAUACACGAAAUUGUGCCAGCGUUUUGAAAUCAUGUAAAAUUUGGUAUGAUGGUGGCGGAAGAUAUCGGUAGUAAUCGCAAAUUAAUAUUAUUACCAAACAUGUAUCAUUACAAGAUCACAAAAGGAGUUCUACUGAGGAGUAUCUACUGUACUCAGCGUAGACGCUACACACACUGGCCACUAGUGAUUUCACUUUCAUGACCAAUUCUCAUGGACCUUCAACACGGUAGGAGCGCAUUCAGCCAAAUUUCUUACUGUCGAAUUUUUUUUGAUAAUGCUAUCUGAUAAUGCUCUCCAUUGUAUUCCCCUUUGCUCAGAGCCGUAACCCCUUUUUAUUUAUACUUAUGGUAAGGGUUUUCUUGGGAUAAAUCCUUGUAAAUAUUACCGACCUAAAAAAUUAUCAGCUGUCAUAGUUAGUUAAUGCCCUGUUAUUAUAAAAAAUUGCUUAUUUUUUUAAAUACCAGGCCAUGCUGGGUUGAAGCAAUUCAUUAUUAAAAAAAUUUAAAGCUUCAUUUUUACCAUAGCAUCAUUCUCACUUAAAUAUUGAAGAAGGAGAAAAAUAUUUUCUAAAUAAUAUGAAAAUUUAAACUAAUAAUGACACAAAAAGUGGAUGGAAAGGAUUCCCUUAGCCGUGUUGCCCUUUAGAUUAUUUGGACAGUCACAGCAACUCACUGUGUGCCAUGGACAGUCGUGGACGACUGCAAAGUGUGUGUAGCGUUUGGUGGCCUAAAAUUUUCUCAAUAAUAUUGGUAUUGACUAAUAGAUAUAUAAUUAUAGGGGUUUAUGUGUUUAGAGAAGUAUUUUAAAUAUUUAGGAUAAUAUCGUAAUAAUAUAAUUAAAAAAUAAUAAAUCUGUGUUUAGAAUGAGAUGCCAAAUUUAAAGUCAAUACACAUUAUUUUAGGUAAAAAGUAAUUGAAUUAAUCUUAACAUUUAUUAAAAAGUUGAUGAAAAUGUUACAGUUAAAUUAUAUUUGAGAGUUUUAUUAAGCGCAAUAUAUGCAAUUUUAUUCAUUGUAAGCGAACAUUGUUUCAAUUUGUUAGUUAAAGUUAUGCGUUGAAAAAUAUGUGAGAGCUGUUGUUUUUCAAUCCUAUUAAAUUGAUCCAUUCGCGUUGAUUGAGCGCAGUUUACUAUAAUCGGUACCCUACAUGUUACUUCGCAAUUUGUCUUUGAUGUGCUUACUCAUAUCUGUUCAUAUCACACGAUGGGGAUAUAUCCCUACUACUUAUUGAUGCUUCUUUAUUCCUUAAUCUUUUACGGCAUUUUAAAUAUUUUUUAUAUUUUAUAACGUACCUAUGUAACAACACAGAACACCAUGGAUAAAUGCCAAAAUAUCAAUAAAUAAAAUUGGCAUAGGUGGUCUCAAUUCUUACCCAGUGACUAACCGUAAUUUUUUUUAAACUAAAUUUUGUUUCCGAUUACCUACCUACCUACUUUGUAUUUUUUCAUUGUAGUUUAAAGUGUCGUCAUUUCUUUGUAUUUUCUUAUUUUAGCAUUAAGCCUUUUGUGUGGUUAAUUUCAUUCUUAUUUUUAGUUUUAUAAUUAAACUAUUAUCAUCAUUAAUUCUUUUUCUUUAUUUUCCUCACCUUUCCUGUCUCCGUUUGCUUAUGUACCACCUAUUCGAUAUCGUCAAAAUCGUCUUCGAUUUAAAUUUCGCUCCUUUUAGUUUAUUCUAAUAACUUAUUUCAUCAGAAUAGUAGAACUAUUUGUAAAUAAAACUUAUACAUUUUUAAAUGGGAUCAAUAUAAUGAGGUUACGUACGAUUGUACACCAUCUGUACUCUAGACCUACUCUUAUCUACUUAGAUCUAAAUUGUCUCGUCAUGACUACAGAACUAUGCUGUUAAACGUUUCAAUACAUACCUACCUACUUACAUCCUCAUCUGAGCCCUUCGCGUCUUGAAUAUAAAAAGUCUAUGGGACUUUGCGAGAAUUUAUGCGAAAUACAGGUUGUUAAGUUGAAUGUGAAAGGGGUAAGGGACUCAAAUAUUGCCAAUGAUAGGUUUUAUUUAUCACGUGGAAUAUACUACGCACAGGGUAUAAUGUGAAUAUAUAAGCCGACUCUGAUGCCUGCUGGUCAGGUUGGCGACUGUCCGUGCCACGUCCCUUAUUCCUGCGUUGAAAGAACUGAUGCAUUCCUUAUUGAAACGUUGAUCUAGGAGAAAUGUAUAACUGCCAAUUGAUAGGGAAGAAGAUUUAGCGUCGAACUAUUAAAGUAGUUAUUAUCAAUUGAAGAUUAUUUGUUUAAGAGAAUCGAUUAGCUCCUAUAAUAUGGCAGUUAUCCUUGUAUUAAAUUAUUGUGGGUGUAAAUGUAAAUACACUGACCUUAUAAAUAAUUAAAAUAAAAUUAUAGAACUAUUACGAGAUUAACAUAAUCAAUACCUUAAGAUUAACUAGAUAAAUAUCCUAUUCUAAUUUCAGUAGUCGCUCUAGUAACCUUAUACCUGCCUACAGAAAAGUAUUCUUCGUAGUGGCUAACUAUAUGUACCUUGUACCCGUCUUUGUUACAACAUCUAGCGAUCUUUUGUUGAAUUACUAAAAAAAAAUUAAAGGUGUGCAAAUUAAAGGGUUGUGUGUAAAAUAAAAAUAGUUUAAUAGAUGUAAAAUCGUUCCAUGUAACGAUAUAUAUUUGUCUUCUUUUUUCGUCUCCAUCCUCCUAAUUUUUCCUUUUGAAGUAGUUAAUACAAUUUAAAAUGUCAAAACUUUAGACUAAUUAAUACUAAUUUAAAACAAUAUGCCAAAGACCAAUCAUUGGGAAAAAUAACAGGGAUCUAUCAGAUAAAUAUUUUUAAUUUCCACUAAUCUAAAUAGAAGAUCAAUUUAUAAUAUGAUUUAAGCAAGCUUUAACAAGCACAAGUUAUCCAAAAGAUGUAUUUUGAAGAUUGUUUUGUGUAAAUUAAUUUUGUGUAAACGCCAACAGGCAACUUUUGACGGCUACACUAUGUAAACCACAUACAGUUUAUGUGAAAUAUAUAAAUAUAUACACUAUUUUAAC